UGCUGCUUCUCUGUCACUCAAAAACCACAUGGAAACAGAAGUGGCCCAGGAUUUGUCUCCGUUGGUAAGAAUUUACAAGGAUGGCCGAGUGGAAAGACUCUUGGGCACGGCCACUGUCUCUCCGUCUCUCGAUGAGAAAACUGGCAUCCAAUCGAAAGAUGUCGCCAUUCCAUCGGAUUCCGCCGUGUCGGCAAGACUUUACAUCCCUAAAGCAGCGGUUGAUUCUCUCCAAAAGCUCCCUGUACUCGUGUAUUUUCACGGGGGAGGCUUCAUAAUUGAAACGGCGUGGUCACCGACUUACCACAACUAUCUCAAUGCCCUCGUCGCAGAGGCUAACAUCAUUGCUGUCUCCGUUGAAUAUAGGAGGGCACCAGAGCAUCCUCUCCCGGCAGCUUAUGACGAUUCGUGGACUGCCCUCAAAUGGGUGGCCUCUCAUUCUGCCGGAAAUGGCCCCGAGGAAUGGUUGAAUUCUCAUGCCAAUUUCAAGAAGGUCUUCAUGUCUGGAGAUAGCGCCGGGGCCAACAUAGUUCACAACAUGUGCAUCCGACUGGGAGAGGAAAAGCUAAAUGGAGUUGAAUUUUCCGGCAUUAUGAUGGUGCAUCCUUAUUUUUGGGGCGACGAGCCAUUGCCUUUAGAGACCACCGAACCCGAGAAGAGGUCCCAGGUCAGGGACAUCUGGCGCAUGGUGAACCCGACGACCACAGGCUGCGACGACCCCCUAGUGAACCCGGCAACCGACCCAAGGCUAUCAGGCUUGGGAGUCGAUAGGAUCCUAAUUUGUGUUGCUGAGAAGGAUAUGUUGAGACAAAGGGGUUGGUAUUACAAGGAGGUGUUGAGUAAGAGCGGAUGGAGUGGCGUUGUGGAAGUGGUGGAAGCACCGGGGGAGGAUCAUGUGUUUCAUUUGCUAAAUCCUGGAUGUGAGAAUGCUGCGAAGAUGAUGAAGAAAUUGGUUUCCUUCAUGAAUGAUGAUAAGUAGGGUCAGAGGUAUUACUGUGAAUAAGUAGCUUCCUUUCUGUGCGGGGCUGAUUCUUGUUAUCUCGAUGUCUAUUUGUACUAAAAGACUGAGUCUGGGUUUCCAUUGGCCAGGAACCGUGUUUGGUGCGUGUUAAUAUUCUUAUUUGGCUUGUAAGUUUGAAAUCCUAUUGUAAAAUGAAGAACAAUUAUCCAAAAUGUCCUAAA